AUUUCUUGAGGAGUAUGAUAUUUGCAGUUAUAUUUGUGGCAGUUAUCUUAAUCAUUCUUUCAUAUGUUUUGUGUGUUUCCUCUCUCUCUCUCUGUAUGUGGUUCUUGAUUUUGUUGGCCAAACCUUUUCUUUUGUACCUUCAAUGCCAUUAAUCCACAAAGCCAAAGAAUCCAUAGAAAAAGUUCCUAACGUCAAUCGAAUUAAAUUCCCCACUUUUCCACAAAACUAAAUCCCCCAAAAAUGAAUUUCCUUUGAUUUUUAGAUACAAAACCCAUCAUGGAUCUCGAGCGUCUAAGCCCAAGAAAUCCAAUCAAGAAAGAAUCUUGGUGGACGGUUCUGACUUUAGCUUACCAGAGCUUAGGUGUAGUCUACGGAGAUUUAGCAACUUCACCAUUGUAUGUCUACAAGAGCACUUUUGCUGAAGACAUAACACAUUCAGAGACAAACGAAGAGAUCUUUGGUGUUCUGUCUCUUAUCUUCUGGACAUUAACUUUAAUCCCACUUGUUAAAUACGUCUUUAUUGUUCUUCGUGCUGAUGAUAAUGGAGAAGGUGGGACUUUCGCUCUCUACUCUUUGUUGUGUCGCCAUGCUAGAAUUAGCUCUUUGCCCAAUUUCCAGCUCGCUGAUGAGGACCUUUCUGAGUAUAAGAAAACUUCCGGGGAGAAUCUGAGGAGUUUAAAAGUUCCGGGGUGGAGUUUGAAAAACACUCUGGAGAAGCAUAAGUUUCUGCAGAACAUGUUGCUUGUUCUUGCUCUGAUUGGGACUUGUAUGGUUAUUGGUGAUGGUGUUCUUACACCUGCAAUCUCUGUUUUCUCAGCAGUCUCUGGAUUAGAGUUAUCCAUGUCCAAGCAGCAACAUCAAUAUGUGGAGGUGCCUGUGGUCUGUGCAAUACUGAUACUCCUGUUCUCGCUACAACACUAUGGAACACAUCGUUUAGGGUUUGUAUUUGCUCCCAUUGUGCUUGCAUGGCUUCUCUGCAUAAGCACCAUUGGUGUAUACAACAUCUUCCAUUGGAAUCCUCAAGUUUACAAAGCAUUGUCUCCUUAUUACAUCUACAAGUUCCUCAAGAAAACUCGUAAACGCGGAUGGAUGUCUCUCGGUGGCAUCCUUUUAUGCAUUACAGGCUCGGAAGCUAUGUUUGCUGAUCUUGGACACUUCACUCAGUUGUCAAUACAGAUUGCAUUCACAUUCGCUGUUUACCCGUCGCUAAUCCUUGCAUACAUGGGUCAAGCCGCGUAUCUAUCUAAGCACCAUGUCCUCGAGAGUGAUUACCGGAUUGGAUUCUAUGUUUCUGUACCCGAGCAAAUAAGAUGGCCAGUUUUGGCAAUUGCUAUAUUGGCGGCUGUUGUUGGAAGUCAGGCAAUAAUCACAGGAACAUUCUCGAUCAUCAAGCAAUGUACUUCUCUAGGUUGCUUCCCAAAAGUCAAAAUCGUACACACUUCGUCGAGAAUGCACGGUCAGAUAUAUAUCCCUGAGAUCAAUUGGACUCUCAUGCUCUUGUGUUUAGCCGUCACAGUUGGAUUCCGUGACACCAAACACAUAAGCAAUGCCUCAGGUUUGGCAGUUAUUACCGUUAUGCUGGUAACGACUUGCUUGAUGUCUCUGGUAAUAGUCUUAUGCUGGCGCAAAAGCUCCCUCUACGCGCUUGCCUUCAUUUUCUUUUUCGGAACAAUCGAAGUUCUCUACUUCUCAGCUUCACUCAUUAAAUUCCUCGAAGGUGCUUGGGUUCCAGUCGCCCUCUCCUUCAUCUUCCUCCUCAUCAUGUACGUUUGGCACUACGGAACCCUUAAGCGUUACGAAUUUGACGUCCAAAACAAAGUCUCAAUCAACUGGCUCCUCACACUCUUCGGCUCCUCAAACCUCGGAAUUGUCCGAGUCCAGGGAAUCGGGGUGAUCAACACUGAGCUUGUCUCCGGCAUACCAGCUAUCUUUUCUCAUUUCAUCACUAACCUCCCGGCGUUUCACCAAGUCGUCGUCUUCCUCUGCGUGAAAUCUGUCCCUGUCCCGCAUGUGAAACCGGAGGAACGGUUUCUCGUUGGAAGGGUCGGACCGAAGGAGUACCGCCUCUACCGGUGUAUAGCCCGGUAUGGAUACCGCGAUGUACACAAAGACGAUGUUGAGUUUGAGAACGACCUCAUUUGCAGUAUCGCGGAGUUUAUUCGUUCGGAUAAACCAUUGAAUUACUCCCCGGACCCGGAAAACGAAUCUGGAACAAGUGAGAGGCUAACUGUCGUCGCGGCUUCUUCAUCCAAUCUUGAAGGCGUACAAAUCUUUGAAGACGAUGGUUCUGAUAAACAAGAACCGUCAUCUUCUUCGGAGGUAAUCGUGGUGGCUCCUUCUCCGAGAAUCAAGAAAAGGGUACGGUUUGUGUUACCAGAAAGUGCGAGGAUAGAUAGAUCCGCGGAGGAGGAGCUAACAGAGCUCACAGAGGCGCGUGAGGCAGGAAUGGCGUUUAUAAUGGGACAUUCGUAUGUGAGAGCAAAAUCGGGAUCAAGUGUGAUGAAGAAAAUCGCUAUAAACUUUGGCUACGAUUUUCUAAGAAGAAACUCGAGAGGACCUUGUUAUGGUCUCUCUACUCCUCACGCUUCUACUUUAGAAGUUGGUAUGGUUUAUAUCGUUUGACUAUACUUUUUUUGGUUUUUGUUAAAUCUGAAUAAACUUCAGUUUUGUAAAUUAUGAUAAAAAAAAUUUGUCAGAGUUCUUUUUCGUUGUUGUUGUAAUUUUUGUGUAGAGAUGUUAGAGUUGCGUGUGGCAUAAGUAAGAUAUGCUUUUUGUUUUUGUAA